GCAGGACAUCUGUGCUGAACAUUGAAGCUGAAAGCCUACAAAACCUACUUAGAUGUCAUGUAUUGUUAUUAUUAUUAUUAUCAUUUACAUUAAUGAAACAAUACUAGCAAACUAUUUAAGUAUCUACAGCUGAAAGAGUUCACUUUUUUUCUUUCAUUUUUACUUUAUUGCAAAAUUUUUCGAGCAUCUCGAAUUCACUGUAACUAAGGUUGCUAUGGUAAUUGCCACGGUUCGGUUUGGAUCUAUCAAGGCUAUGAAUAUUACACCCACUUUGCCCACUAACAAAGUUUGUCAUUACAUUAAAUAGCUAUUGCUCUGAUAAAGCACUGCUGCUUUUGUGCUGAAUACUUGAAAAAAAAAAUGAAAGUGUAUUAUUAUUUUUUUUUCUGUGGCUGACUUUCUCCUUUGGUGAACGUGAAGUGAUUAUUUUCCAUUCAAAGUGGUAACCAGUGGUUACAGGUGGCCAUGUUAGGUGAAGGUGAUCAGCACUCGGCCUUUGUGGGCAGGUGUGUUACCUGUGGCUCCCUCAGGAAGCACUUCCUGUGGCUGUGCUGCUGCUGCCGCGCGGCUGACAGACACAGACACGGAUGAAUCACACGACGAAAAAGAUCCUCUGAUAGUCUUUCCUCGUCAUCGCAUAAUUCACCGCAAUCCGCUUUUGUUGUCUGAGCUGGAGCCGGCAGACAGCCCCGCAUGUUUUCUCUUGUUUUCUCUAUUUUUUUCUUUCUGUGGUGGCAGACGGAGGGGAAGUGCUUCCUGAUAAUAAAGAGGUGCGUCUUAUUUCCAUUCCAGUGAUUGACUGCGCACGGCUUCCACCGCCGGAGCUGGGGGCAUUGACGCAUUGUGGAGUCGACAGGGGGUAGUAGCACUGCAAACCCCGGCUUCGCUUCACAACGGAGGCAUCUUUCGGUGGAACCGCGAUGGCCGUGGUGCAGCUCGACACGGAGGACCACCAACCGGAGAACGGCUUCGUGUCCCCCGAAACCACGUCCGCGGGGGUGCUGACACGCAUCGACAGCGCGGUUCUGCCGUUUCUCGGGGGAUUUGGGAAGUACCAGAAACAGCUGAUCGUGCUGACAUGGAUCCCGGCGUUAUUUAUUGGAUUCAGCCAGUACUCUGAUAAUUUCCUCCUCGCGCAGCCGAACAACACAUGUGUGCAGCCUUUGGCCAACCAGUCUAACCUCACCGUGGGUUAUUCCUCGUUAUUGGACGGUCCCAAGAAUGGCAGCGCGCGGCCGGCUUAUGUUCAUACCAAUGGAAGUUACAGAACCCACAAUGACACCGCCAACAUGCAGUGUCGGUGCAGUGAGUGGACGUUUGAGCUGCACACGGGGCUCGUGCAGAAUGUGGUUACCAAGGUAAGGAUGGGCAUCCCUUUCUAUCAUACUGUGCUAUGCAUCACUGAAACCCCAUCAGCUGUGAUCAUGUUAGGAUCGAUUUAUAAGAGAGGGGGGUUCUUGCACUUAUCAGCACUAGCCCCAUCGUUAAAAACAGAUCACUUUGAAGCUGAAACACUCUCAUGUGAAGAUGAAACAAUGUUCAUAUUGUGGUGUGUAUCUGACAGCUCAUCCUCCAUUAUCCCAAUAUCAUUCAGGAGAGAUCCCUUGAAUUGGCCUUAAAAGUAGCAGGCUUGCACAGGUGAGAGCAUGCAUCACGCUGCUGACCGUGACUCAUCGCAGCAGCUGACACAGUGUAACCUAUGGCAGAGAGAAAACACUAUUGGCACACUGGGCACAAGCUGCCAGGGCUGGUGGAAUCUACCGGUUGUCGUAAUACACAUAAUAGACACACGGAGGGCUUCUGAUUUGGAGCAAAGGUCAUUAAUGCACUCUCUAGAAUAAUGCAACCCCCUAUCACUGACCAAACACCACCCUCCCCGAGUAAACACCACACUGAUGUUCUUAUUGCUCUCAAUCUGGGGACUUUCAGAGUAUCUGUGAUGAAUUUACCUCUUAUCACGUCACUGUAUUGUUGGGGUAUUCCUGUAUGCAUACACAGGGCAGGCUGAGGAGACAGUACCUGCAGUCUGAGGAGGAAGUGCUUUCUUCUUCAUCAUCAUAAGGUCCUCUAUUGUUGAUGCUGCAUGCCAAUACAAGCAUUUCAAGAGGAGAAAAGUUCCACUCUGACAGUAUUUUUAAUGUAAUAUCAGCAGAAAGGCUCAUUCUCGACUCAGAGUGAGUGAGCAAACCAUAAAAAUUAAUGUUAACUAAAAAAUCUAAAAUGCCAAUAAACAAGAAUCGCUUUUUUAAUCAGCAGCAUCUUCUCCAAUGUCGAGUCUGGCAGCCAUGCAAUAAUCAAAAGGCUUAUCAGGAAGAGUUAGAUCCGACGCCGAGCUUUGAAGCCUCCCUGUGCUGUAGGAAAGGGGAUGGGGGGGCUGUGGCAUCCCAAGCUUUCGUCCACUGUGAUGCCAACAGCCCAUCUGCUAAUCACUGAUAAUGUCCCCAUUUAAAUAAAGCACAUUUUAAUUCAGCUAUGAUGCAGAGGGACAGUUAAAGUCCUGAUUUAAUUUUCUGCUCACAGUGUACUCCAGUGGGGUGGGGAUGCAGGGAUUAGAGCCAGGCUGAUAGACUCGGGGAAAUCUGAGGAAAAUCGAUUGGGUGGAUACAUAUUACUUCAUGAUUUAGAAAUGUUUAGUUUCCUCUUCCAAUAUUCAGGGUUUUACUCUGAACCCUGCAGGCCCCCCUCUUGUCCUUAUAUGCUGGUGUGAACCUAUAAUAUUUGUGUGGUUUGUGCACACACUGAGAAUGUCAUGUUGACACUGCCACCAGUGCAGAGCAGUGACAGGCCAGAGCAGUUGGUCUAAGUGUCUGUGUUGUUGCUUGUCUUCCCUGACCCGCACACUUCACAUACUGACAAGGUCACCGUCAGGAGAAAUUCAAUCAGAUCUUGGCGCACAAACUUCAAAAUGGAACCAAAAGUGAGGCAGAAUUGGCCCCUGAAACUUUGCCUCUUUUUUGACAACCUCCCUCUCGCUCUUCCAAGGGCUCUUUUUCUCGCCCGACACCACACCACAGCGCGCUAACCAGGAUGUGCCACUACAGCAGGAUGUGAUGACUUGGCAUUUCUCUCUCUGUUUGGAUUGCAUAGGCAUAACUGCACAUGACUGGGCUCAGCUAUCUGUGACAUUUGAUCACUAAAAAGCAGAGCAGAGUGCCAACACUGAUGAAAUGUGGUAGUGUCUCUGUCAGGAUGUGCCAACACAUUCUGACCCCAUAUUUCUGUGUUGAUAUCACGCCUGGACGACAUGUACACGUGCAGGGAUGUUUGCCCUUGUUGCAAAUGCACAAGAACACUUUUUAAUGCUUUUUGUCGGGUUGUCGCAAAGAGAAGGUUUUCAUAGAGUGUACAGUAGUGAUGGAUCUGAAGUGGUUAAUGAGGAGACCCAUCCUAAUCGAGUCUAAGCUCUCCUCAGGGUCCGUCUUAAUUGGCCUGAGCCUGAGAAAUGAGAAUGUAUCAUUACUCAGAGACAGAUAAAGUCUCUCUGCAGCCUCACCCGACUUAGAGCCCAUUCAGACUGGGGUCAGCUGCACACGUGGUGUGAGAGCCUGUGCAAGGCAAUGAUUAACCUCUACACUUGUACAUUAAUUAGAGACAUUUGCCAUUUAGAGACUGAUGAUCAUUUCACAAUCUACAUCUAGGAUUGCCCUUUUUGUAAUGCAUCACAGAGUUCUGGCCUGGAAGAAAACCACAACCCCAUAAUUUGUUUUUUUUUUAAGAUUAACAAAUGUUUAAAUAAAGGUAAAACAUGCAGUUCAAGUCAUGUUGAGGCAACUAUUUAAGAAUAAGAAUAACUUUAUUUCAUGUCUCUAAAAGUCAUCUACUAUUUACAGAAAAAAUUCUAACAAAAAUUACACAUAAUACAGAGGGACCAAACUUGCAGCGACCUCUCAGUUCAAGCGCAUCAUUCGAAUUUGGUUGGGCUGCUGAUAACUAUUAUUGAAUCAAGGAAAAUGGCAAAUAAUUAUCUUCAAUAAAGCACAGGAUCAUUUAGCCCAAUUGACUGCAAAACAUAAAAUUACUCUAUUAUAAUCACCAAUGAUAUGAGCUGUAAUCAUAAAGAAAAUUGAAGUUGAUUCAUUUUCUAUCGAGUUUGAAUAGAUGGUUGUCAGACAAUAUUUCAAACUUUAUUAACAAUCAAAGAAACUGUUAAAGGAGAAAUAUCACAAAUCAGUCACAAAAAAGAUGUUCUCCUGGAUGUUAGGUUUUAGGAAACUAUUCACUGUUUCAUACAUUUUAUAAACCCAGUUAUUAAUUUAAAAAUGACAGUCAACAGGCCUAAUGAUAUGCCAGCUUAAAGUAUUAUGUCCCCUGCUUAAGUGAUCGUUUUUAAGCACGUCUUAUGUGUUGUAAAGGUUGCACUGUAUGUGACAGUAAGUUGUGUGAAAGUGAUAAGGAAGAUAUGUGGUAGACGCACACUGAAGGGUCCACCCAGCCCCAGUAUCACUGAGCUGGAGGCUGCACACCCAGAGAUGUGAAAGAUGAUACUGUAGCUGAACAUGCAAGGCCUCUAUUCUCUGUGUCCCUUCAUACUGUUUACCCAGCUGGUCAGCUCCUUCCACAUACCCCAGAUCAGUGUGGGACACUUUGAAAUGGACUCAGCUGUCAAGAGGCGAUGACCCUACUGCGGAUACCCAGUCAGUACACAAUGACAGCCACUCACGGUGUCAGCUGGGAGGAAAGAGACUGUGUGCCCCAAAGAUAAGACUAUUCAGGCUCUAUAUGUGUGUGUAUGCUGCAGGCUUGUUUCUGAUAAGUGCCGUUUUGUAUCAGGGAGGGGUCCAACAUGAGGGGUCCCUGACCCUCGCCUUUAAGUUUGUUUGUAGGAUGGUGUCAUGGCAGUUUGAGGAGUGCUGUUUCAUUCUCUUUAGAUUUAAAGCUUUUUGGUGACUGAGACAUGUGGUUAGGACUCUCAGCUGUCAACAUAAGCAGGCAAUGGAUAGCAGAUUGAGGGACAAAGGUUUAUUGUUUUUCAUUAUUCACCUCUGACUCACAACGGAAAUCAGCCAACUUGUCAGACAUGUUAGUCUCUGAGUUGUGUAGCCCGGAUACUACGCUAGUAUGACAGUUAUUCAAAGCAUGGUCUCAAAGGUAAUGUCAACCUCCCUCUGUUAGGCCCUUAGGCUAAAACACAAAUGCCAGAUGCCUGUGAAUUGCUCUCCUGUUGAAGACAUUAAGUGUAGAUUUAUGUUUUCUCUCACUCUCUCUCCUCACAUUUUAGGAUUUCCAUCAUUUGUUGAGGCAGUGAUGCUCAAACUUGCACUUGGAAGCAGCACAACUCUGUUGCUAGGCAGUAACUAUGCAGCAGCCUCUCCAUGUGUGUUUUUUUGCCUUGGCUUUAAACUGCUUUUAAGCAUCUUUUACCCUCCCUCUCUCUGUCACCUGUUAUCAUUCACCAUCCCUUCUAAUUCCCUGCGUUUCUUUCAUCUCUUUGCAUGCUCUGUUUCUUCUUUGUUUAAUCCAGCAUUCCUCCCUCCUCCUUGCCUGCCCCCCACCUCUUCACCCUCCACCCACCCACCACUCUGUAGUUCAGCGAGUGCAGAAAUGUGCAGCUGUAGUCGAGAGCGUCUUCAUCUGAGCUAAUGAGACUCGCUCCAGAGGACCAAUCAUUUGUGGUCUGGUCAUUUGAGAGAGAGAGGACCCCUUGGGUUUCUAACUGAUUUUCUCUUGGCCUCUCAUUGUUCUGUAUUUUCUGUCAGCUAACAGAUUAGCAUGCACAGUCUAACCCAUCUCACACUAGCUUGUAUUCAUUAGGCAGAGACAAAACCGAAAGAGCAAGUGACAGAAAUAAUAGGGGGCAAAGUGGACAAGCUGUGUGGAUUUGACCACACUUGCUGGGAUUUCUUUGCCCUGCCAUGGCGGAAAGUCUCUCCAUAUUUUCCCCACUCGUGCUAAUGCGGACGCCCAUUAAUAACUGUGUUUGAGCUCGGUCAGUGUGACGGCCUGAAGAGAAACCUCAUUAAUAUUACAUGUAGACUUGCAGCCACACGAUGAUCCAAAUCUACCAUGCAUUUCCCAUUUGGCUUCACAUUUCAGCAGCACUUAGCCCUCACUGCUUUGUCUCUAGCAUGUGACUUGAGAAUGCUCAUAUGUUGUUAUUUAACACCAUCGGUCAUCCAUCCUUGGGCAACCACAGAUGUCUGUUCUGCACAGUCAACACACUGUCAUCCAGCUGUGCAGUGCAGCGUGAGUGUGUCCCAGUGUGUGUCUCAGUCUCACAGAGGAUGUCAGCUUCGGUUUUUUAAACACUCUUAGUCGUGCAGUGAUUGUGCAACAGGAACUUGUUAGCCUGCCUCUGUCUCUUUCUCUGCUGACAUCGAUACUGAAACCGUGAAUGAGUGGCAUGCCUGGAUCAUGUGAUGGCUGGGUGGCUCUGGGUAAUCCUGGAGCGUUCCAUUCUGAGCAGGUCACUAUGGCAGAGGUUAUAAGAGGUUAGAGCCCUUCAGAAAAAAAGGAAGAAAAACCACACUUUUCUGCCGUUUCAGCUUAUAUUUAGUAUAAAUGCACUUAGAGAGAUUUAAAACGAGUAACCAGUUCCUCUUGACUUUACUAACGCCAAAGCUGUGGUGUUGUCCAAUAUCAGGCUCCCCCUUCCCCUCUGCCUGAUCGAUAAAACUGACACAAUGUUGGUGAAAAAACCCUGAUUUAUUACCAAUGUUCUACUCACGACUCCAGUUACUCUCUGCUAGCUCUACGCCAUUGUUGUUUUUGUCUCUACAUUGUAAUUACUCGAAAUAAAUAUAAGCUUUAGGGAUGUAAUUAAUCAUGAUAUCAGAUUAGUGUACUGACUGGUGUAUCUACUGACACUUCGUAGCAUAUCUUAGUCAGCUACAGAGGUCAAUACUGGUAUCAGUAAAAAAGGGUUAUCUUAAAUGUCAAACUCUCUUUAAACAAACAAAAAAUACAUUUUUAUUGGCUUUUUUUUUUUUAAAUAAUGAACCUGAAACCAUUUAUUUAAAUUUACUGGUGUUGUUAUUUGAUUGUUAAGUUAUUUCAAACUUGCCAAUAUUGCAAAAAAAAGCUGGAUGGGUUCUGAAUGCUGACUCUAAUAUUGGUUGUGGUAUUGAUAAAAGUAUCUGUAUGAGUUUUGAUGUUGGUAUAUGUAUCAAUCUUGAUAUUUCUAUUUAUACCAUUGUUAGUAUAACUAUCAAAUACUCUCAAUGCCUUUAAGUGGCACUAAGUUUCUUAUUUUCAAAGUCAAUGCAUAUUGAUAUUGGCCCUCAAAAACCAAUAUCAGUUGACCUCAUACAGUAUUAUUGAUAUUUUCUGUAUACAUGAGUGCAGUCGAGGUCUUUGUUGAUCAGCCUUGUUCGAGUCCGAUUUUUAACAAUGAGCCAAAAUGCAAUAAAAAAUAUAGUAAAACCCAAAAUGUAAUAACUGGUCAAUAAUGUAACAAGCUGCUGAGCCAGAAAUGUAAUAACUUUCAUAUUUGGAUUUUAUUAAAUUUUUUUAAUUACAUUUUGGGCUCAACACUUUUGUUACGUUAUUGACAAAUUAUUACAUUUCGGGCUUUAUUAUAUUUCUUCAAAAUCCUUUUGGGUCAUUGUUACUUACCAACUCUAACAAGGGGCCUUCCAUUCACUAGACACCCAGUACUUGGUGCAUUGGUAUUGGAAAUGGAAUUGUUAUGGGUAUUUCUAUCAGUGAUAGUAUUGUAUUCAAUAGGCACCCAGAAGGAGUGGAACAACCCUACUGUGAACAGUGUUUUUAAUAUCAUGGUUUUAGAUGACGCACAGUAGAGGUCCUUGUUUAUUAGACUCGCAUUCAUAAGGCACCUGCUUCAGCUGCCACGCCCUGCUCUUGCUCCUUCCUUCCACUUGUGUCUGCACAGACAGCUGGGAGGCAUAUGGUGCCAAAAAAGGCCCUAAAAUCUGCCCCCUUCCCAAAAUUCAUUGUCUUUCCCCCCGAGGGCCGACUACUCCACUGUUAUUAUCAUCAAAUAUUAAUAGGAAUGGUAGUAAAAAUUGCAGCUCCUGGUAAAUGUCCUUUGCUAUUGAGUUUUUUUUCUUUACCUCUUUGUUGUCUUUAUGCUGUUUACAUGGUGUAUUUAUCUUAGCUCGUGCCUACUGUGGAGUGAGAUAAAAAAAAAAAAAAUCAAAGCAUACCAGGUUUACGCAGAAGCAGGCAUACAUUGCUUUGUUUGCGCUCUAGAAAUCCCAUUUCUCCCAGGUUGGAGAGUUUCAGCCGCAGAAGAAAACAAAGAGAGGUUGACUUGGUUGUAUUGUGACACACUGCAUGAAUAAACAAGAAAAUGAGAAAUGUCAGGCUUUGUGAUAAGAAGAAUGAUUCAGAAUAAUAGUGCAAAAAAAAAAUGUGUCCUGUAAAAUAAAUGUUUUUUUUCCCCAGUAAAUCUUAUGUUUGAUGUUAAUGUUCAGCUAAAUGCCACGUUUCCUGGUAAUGACUCACAUAUGUGACAGACUUAGAAGUACUAAGUGCUAGUCAACAGAUUGAAAAGAUUUCACUUCCAGCGAAUGUUACCCAAUACACAUUUCUUGAAACUAAUACCUGUGUUUAUUUGUCUCUACAGUGGAGUCUGGUGUGUGACUCAGCGUGGAAAGUUCACAUUGCAAAGUUUUCUCUGUUGGUGGGAUCAAUCUUUGGAUACCUGGUGUUUGGGAUCCUGGCAGACUGGUAAGAUUUUGAAUAAUAAAAUUCAUGCACAUUAAAUUCGAUCCAAUAUUGGCACGGCUUUAUUUUCCAUGUAGUAAUUUUUCCUAUCUUACCCCACAGGUUUGGCCGCCAUCCAGUGUUGAUCAUAUCGGUGUUAUUCAUGCUUGUGUUCGGCCUGACCGUGGCCUUUUCUGUCAACGUUCCCAUGUUCAGCACUUUGCGCUUCUUUGAGGGCUUCUGCCUGGCAGGGAUCACCCUGUCUCUCUACGUCCUCAGUAAGUCCUAAUCGAACAACUUUUAGGCCAAUUAAGCUUUUUCUAAUCCCUCUCCGCCUGUUGUUGUUGUUGUUGUUGUUGUUGUUGAUGAUGCCAUACAGAAAACAGACUUGGAUUUUUCACAGAAGUGCUUUAAAGGCUAUUUAAAUUUCCAGCAAGUGAGCAAGGAUCCUGGCUGCUUGAAUUGUAACUUUGAAAGUAUUUUCUACCUUUAGCUAGCUAGCUAAAUAAGCAAAAUCAACAGACUUUUUUUGUUUUUUUCUUCAGACUUAAGGUCCUUACACACUGGGAAUGAUGCAAAUAUACGACACGAAAUCACGAAAUAUUCAGAGGCAAAUUUUGACACAUUUGGUAUGUUGUAUCUGAACAGGUUAGCUUAUGAGCUAAAGUUACUUAGCAUGGAUGAAAGUUAAAACAAAGACAUUUAGCAAACUGUUAAAGCACACGAACGAUCGUCAUAUGAGAAAUCCGACGCUAUGACUCUCCACAAGUUGUCCUUCAGGUCGUUAUCUUUGUAAUGUUUGUGUUUUUUAUCAAAAACGCUCUGUUCCCAGAGACGUAAACAAUCAGCCGGUCGGCCAUGUUGGAUAUACCAUUGAAUCUGGCGUCGCAACAACACAAAAUCUGAUUGAGAAAAUUUAAUCGUGAUACAAAAAAAUAAAUGCCGCAAUUUCGUAGGAAGGGAAAACGUCGCUAAUGUGAAAAAAAAAAUUGACGUCUGAAAUAAUCGCACGAAAAAAACGCUCCCGGUGUGUAAGGACCUUUAUUCUAACAUAUAUUUUUUUAAAGUUAUAAAUUUGACACUUCACAGCAACUUUUUACUCAAUUUAGUGUCUUGGCUUCAUUGUAGAAGAUGCUGUUAUUGUAGAGUGAAUAUUCAUCCCCUCAGUUUAGUGAGUAAAGCACUCAGGAAAAAGUAGCUCUGUUGUUUGGCUCAUAACCUAGCUGGUCAUGCUUACAUUUGCUGCGUCCUUUUGUAACUCAGAUUUGCUCUGUGGUUUUUGGUUUUGAACAUACUCUCUCAAAGCUUUACUUGAGUACAUGCAUAUUGCUUCAACACAUAGAAAUCUAUAACCAGUACCGCAAAAGUCAAAAGCUACUGUUGGACAACCCCUGUUCCUGUGGGGAGAGGUUUGCUUCAGAACUGAAUACAGUCCUUACAUUUGCCGGAGAAAAAUUCAGCUCUGUUCAGUGGUAGCUUAAGGAUUUACAUGGUGGUCAAACUGGUUUGUCUGGGAGUUGGCUCUUUAUGUUCAGGAAGUAGCAGCAGCACUCGUUGCACUGCAGGCUGUAAGGCAGAGUUUCUUAGUCUGUGUUUGGUCUAAUAUUUCAGAGUUACUUCCUUAAAAAAGUAAUAAUAAAGUUGAAUUUCGGUCACGUAUUUUCCUUAAAAUAGAUCUGUUGAAUUUUCUUAGAAAAUCUCAGGCACAUCAUUCAAUCUGGCGCUCUUAAAAUGGCUAGUUUCUAAAAAAUUAAUAUCAAAAUUAAAAAUACAAUGAAAUAAUUUCUUCAAUCUGCAAUUCAUAACACAAAAGCGUUUUCAUAAUGCCCUGACUGUUCUUGUUCUGCACCACCCACACCACCCAUUCUUAAUUCCCAAUAGCUUCCCACCAAUGCUUUUCUCAUUAUUACCAGACACACCUAAUCAAAUGCCUAUUCCGCUUUAAUUCUCCUCUCUAGCUGAGGGAAGCAUUGAGCUAAAAGAAGAGUAAUUGCAUUGCUUUGACCUCCCAAUGUUUAUUAAACCUAAUGGCAUUGUCGGGAUAAAUUCUCAUUAAAGCAACAACUGCCAGCCUCCGCACCCUUGAAAUGAACUCUUUUAUUUCCAUUUCGGUGCAGCGGUAGUGUUUAUUCCUGGGAUUUUUAAUCCCCUUCACUGCUAAUCAAUACCAUGAUACUAGCAAAAGGAGGCUGGAUGUAGUUUGGUAACCUGUCUUUACUGACCUAUCACUGUAAGGAAAGUGCGUCAGACAGUAAUAUUAUCUGCUAAUGUGACCUCUCCUCACAAUAAAAGGUUUGAAUGAUUAGUUCUAGGGGAAUUUAGCCCCCAAGACUGUAAGGGUGGGGACUUUAUUAUAGUGUCCUAAUAAUUGGCUCUGCAUUUGAUGAUUCUGGUCCCAGUGAUGGAUCCCUUAAAAGCCUCUCUGGCUGCAGUAAUUGACCAGUUCGGAGGCAAUAGAGGAUGAGAGGGAGGGAGCAAAGGGCAAGAUGAUGAAGUAAGGGGCCUCCAGUGUCCUUGUCAUCCUAAUUUACUCCACAGUAUUUACCUUGAAAAGCCUGCCACGCUCCCGAAAUAGCAGGAGUAUUUAGUCUGCUCCAGGGACAAAGGUGGGACAAAGGGAGGCGAGAGGGUGGAGUCAAGCUGUACUAUACGGCGUCUAUCAAACUUGAAUGAGCUUGACAUCUGCUUCUUUUGUUCUCAUGUGAGCCCUACAGUUUAUGGUCGAAUAAAUCAGUGCUUCUCAGUUUUGGUGGUGGGUUUAAGCUUGUGCUGUAUCUCCUGAAUGCAAGUGAAUACACUUUGUUUUAUUUUGUCAACGUUUUACUUUUAUUUAGUAAAAUUUGGAUUUAUAUUUAGUUUAUAAGUCAGGUCAGAGUUUCAUAAAACUAUAAGACCACUUUUUUUUUUUUAAAGAAGUUAUAGGUAUCAUUUAAAAAGAUGUGCUGCAAAAUAUUAUUAUUAUUAAUAAUAAUAAUAAUAAUAAUAAUAAUAAUAAUUACUUUAUUUUUAUAGCACUUUUAAAAACAGAAGUUUAAAGCACAGAACAUCAGCACAUGGAAAUAAAAAAUAAAAAAAGCUAUAAAACAUAAAAUGAGACCAUGAGGACCAAAAUAAAAACAUAAAAUAGGCAAGAAAAAAAUGUAAUGAAAAAGGGGGUAAAAAGCAGGGAAAAGGAUAGUAAAUAAAAAAAGAUGAUAUUAAAACUGAUAUUAAAAUCAUAACAAAAUAAUAAUGAUGGUAAUAGUAAUAAUAAAAUAGAAUAACAAAAAUGAGCAGAAAAAAAAAAACAAUAAAAUCAAUAAAAGGCCUAAAAGGUUAAAUAGGAAAAGAUUAUAAGUAAAACGAAGGCUUAAAAGACAGUAAGUCGAAAUAAGAUGGAGGUAAAAGAGAAAAGAAAAAAGAGAAAGAAAUGAGGAUCUAGGCUGGGUGCUACAUUGCUAUCACUGUGUGUCAUUUUAAUGUGUCUGUAAAAGAUGAGAGGAAUCUGUGAUCUCUGCUGCAGCUGGCUUUAGUAUUACUGAGGGAUUUAACAGGCAUUUGAAAACAUAAUUCACACACCUCAUUAACGGCUGAAUGCCAGAGCAGCUGAGGGAUAUUUUAUCACUCUCAUCUGGAAAAAGGAAACAAUAUAUGAUAGUUAAUACAACAGCAGAGCCGCACUGUAUCAUAGCUGCAUUUCAAAUUAACUACAUCUGUGUCCAGAGUGUCCGAAUGUUAUGAUUUAGGGUAAGGAUUUCAGUCUUUCCCCCUCCUAUUUCCUCCCUUGUAUCUUUCAUACCAGUCUCUCUCUAGUUAAAACAUUUCUUUUAAUCUUGCUUCCUUCAGUCUGUAAUUUCCAAGCCCACUGUAAACCCACUACCCCCUUUUAUCCUCUUUUCUAUCAGAUCAAAAGGUCAUGAACAAUCUGUUGCAAUGUUACAUAAAUUCCUCUAGUUUUCCAGGCUUCAACUGAAUCAUUAGCGUAAACAUUACUCUCUGUUAUCACGUUUAGUUCCUCCCUAGACUCGAUGGUCGUGCACAUGUAUUUUUUGAUAUCUUAACUUCAGAUUGAACACUUGUUAGAUUCAAGAAAAGCAGUUUUAAGACUUUGAAUUCCUUGAAAAUGAAACUCCACCAUGCUUGCUCCACCAUUCCUUAUUAAAUCAACUCAAUGCCCCCGACUUUCUUAUUGUUUAUACCACCCUUUCUCUGAAAAUAGUGGUUCUGUCCAUGUGCAGAUUGCUGUAUAGUACAUAGUGCACUCAGCUAGAGCGGGCCUUAGCUGGACUUAUGUUUGCUUAAGCUUUGCAUAUUUGUAUAGAUUUUGUUUUGCCAUAUUGCCGCCCUUAUUUCUGAUUAUGUGUGGCCUCUGUCACAUGAUAUUUACCCUGCAGCCACUCUGUAUUGACAAAACUCCAGCAGAGCUGCUCCAAGAGGAGGAACUCAAUCGUUCAAUAACACAUUACUGAAGAGAAUCAAUCGUUUUAUUUCAAGGCGUUCUGUUUAGGGUAUUAAUGUAUUUAGAAGGUGGCUAUAUGCUGAAAGUUCAGUCAGAGCUUAUUCAGUCCUGGCAUUCUUAGUCAUAUGACAUUUCUGCCAGUAACAUUACAAACCACAUGACCCUCCUUUGUGGCAUGCUUUGUUUGACUGUGCUUACAAAGAAAGUCGGAGCCAAAUCCCAGAUUCAACUGUGUUUGCACUGGAGACAUUAGACUAAUCCCUCCAUUUCCCAUCAACCCAUGUGUAAUUAAGUCUAAGUUCAUGGAUCUUAAAGGCUGGACGUCAUUAGCAAUUUCAGAAUUUAACAUGUAAAACAAAGAUGAUGCUAAUUACACGGUCCUGUUUAUUUCAACAUAAUAAUUAUCAUGAAAUUAUAAUUAUAAUCUCAUACAUCCUUGCAAAUACGGAUAUGUAAUUAGGGGACACCACCUCCCUGCAGUCCUGACCCAGUGUUUGUUUCCACAUAACUAGAGGCAUCAAUCAGGAAGUGAAUUGUCAGGAUAUGGGCAAUGUGCACACAGAUAUCCGGAUUUGACAGGAUGAGCUGUCAAAGUCAGGACCUCAGAAAGGACGGAUGUUUCUGAUACAACUGACACGGGUAUGAUAACCGCUAAAGAGAUACAAAAACUACAUGGAAACAACAUGAUCUUCAGGACAUUUCAGGCUAAAAAGAUACUUGACAGUUUUAACUUGGUGGCCAUUUUCCUCUUUUUCAACAAAGUGUAAGAAGCUCAGUCGCUAUCAUGUUCUUCUAAUAGCUCCCUGCAUUGAGUCACAUGGAUUAAGAGUCUCUGAGUCAUUAUCCUUUUAACCACUUCUUGAGGGAUUAGCAACUGUGAAAGCAAGCAACAGUUUGAACUCAGACAUCUUUAAAAUUUAAACAGCAUAUUUAAAAAGCUACUAGCUACAAUUAGACAACAGCUAGCAUUAGCAUCAGACACUUAGCUUAGUCAACAUUGUUCGUGUUAGCCAGUGCUAGCUAGGAACUGGCCAGAUGCCUAGCAUUCAAGUGUUAAGCAGGAGAAUUAAAAAGAUUUGUCAAUUAUUUCUGAAAAUACACAAAAAUUAAUCAACUUACAACCUCAAACAAUUGUACAACUUUAAAAUAGCACUUUAGCUUUCCAUUAUAAGUGUGAGGAAAUGGUGGCUGUGGGAAUCAAACCACUACCUCCAGUCUUAAAAAAAUGAAGAGCUACAAACUGCAGUUACCAGAGUGUCCACUGGAGGCAUGCUGCAAAAUCACUGGUUACCACAUACACCCAUUAGAACAAGCAAAUAAAGACACAUUGACAGACUAGUUCAAAUAAGAGUUUUAGUCUGAAUAGCCCAUUUCUCCAUCUCCACUCACUGUAGGGGUGAAUUUUUCUUAAUAACACAUUCACUUUGAAGAUAUUAAGGUAACAACUUUUGUGUAUAAGGCACAGCUGACUUAAAUGAUAGUCGGGCACAUGGUAGCUGUAGGGGAUGAGGCUCAAGGCGCACCUUUACUCCACUUUUUUGCCUCUCAUUGGGACAACUUAAGUUAGGUUUAGUCAGCAUUUCCAAUACGGCCACCAAGGUUAUUAUCAUAAAUGCAAACAAAUGAAAAAACAAAGCUUUAUAAACACCUUUCAAAUGCUGAAAUUCUCCUUUAAGAACUGAGUGGAUUGCUUUUAUUGAUGGUGGGGGGAGAGGGCCAUCAGUGGGCUGUCUACAUUGACUAAUAGGGAAGGAAGCUAGUUAAUUUUAACACAAGUGCUGACUAUGACAAGGCAGAUAGCUGAAUAGUGCAAUCUGAGUUUUCCCUUACAUUACUCAGGGUUUUUUGAUUCUUGCUCUGACCAGAAUCCCAAAUUUCAGAAAACCAAAACUACUGAAAACUAAAUGAAAACACUCAACCAGACUUAAACAACAGCAUCAAAAACGUAAUAAAAACUAGACUGACAGUGGAAACAUGAUAAAUGGAAGCAGGGAAUGGUAAGAGAAGCAAAAAGUAAACACAGAGACUGAGGGGGAAAUUAAAAAGCAAAGGGAAAUCGAGAGGAGGAAACAUUUUGUGAGUGCAUGUGAGGAGCAGUUACACCGCCACGGCAAAUGAAAAGGGUGUGUUUCUUCGUCUAAGUGUGAAGCACUGCAUGUUUUAUCCAGGCUGAUGCACUUUUCCACGACACAUACUCCUUCACAGUAUGUUGACUCUGUUGUAUUAAAACAGUAUAGCAAAGCUCAUAGCUUAGAGAGUCAUCUGAUGCAGCUCUGCUAUUUAUACCCCAGCUCUUCCAUCACUAUGGACUAGCCUUGUUAGCACCACAGCACCUGGCAGCACAGUCAAGGCUCACAGUACCUAUAGCUCAGCAUCACUGUGCUGCCCACUAUUGCAUUUCUACAGUAAACACUCCAUUUCCCCUCCUUCACCUCCUCCUCCCACCCUUCUCACAUACAAACACCCAGCACAGCAGUUUGCUGAGUCAUGCUAACUGGCUGCGUUGGGGGUUUGUUUGAGAUUUUGUGAUCGGCUUGAGGCGAGGAGAUUGUGUUCUGGGGCAGUGGGCCAGAGCUCUCUCUUUUUGUUUACACGGGUUUUUAUCAUGUAAACACACCAACAAACUGGCCUCAAAUUAGACUCUUAAAUAUGUAUGCAAAAUAUAAUUUAAGCAGUAACAGGAGUAUACAAACUUAACAUCUAAAGUACGAUAUGUUUCUUUGCACAGAAAUGAUCACUGUUGAAGCUCAUAUGUGUCCAUAUUGACGCUCUUUGCUCUAUUUAGCUCUAUUUAUUCUGUUUACACGUUUACUUUCUUGAAAGUGAAAACUAAAUUUUGUUCAAAAGCAGGAUGUUUACUCCCAAAAGUCUGCAUUACCUUACAGCAAAGAGCAAAUAUUCAUAUUCCCAUUUGAAGUGGAGCUCUCUUUUUGGUGUUUGAAUCAGAGGUGGCAAGCCAGAACAUGUCAUGGGUGUGUGAGAGAGAGAGAGAGAUAGAGAGAUAGAGAGAAAGAGAGGCUUCAUAAAGGAGCUACAGUAGACAGAGUGAGGAACAGAUGGAGAGUGAUGCAGACAGAGACAGGUCACAUGAUUCAGUGGUAGUCUCAGGUCAUGCAUCAUAAACAGCUCUGUGGCUUUUCCGUCAGUAACCUUUGACACACUUGAUCACAACUUGCCUUUGUGUGGUUGUUUAAAAGACUUGUUUAUAAUGGAGAACACUCCGGGAUGAACUCACAUGGAGAAAAAGGAUUAAAUUGUUGUUUUCAGUUUUUUUUCUGUAAUGAUGGAUGAUGCAUAACCUGACAUUAGUAAACAUUAAAUCUGAAGGGUUGAAACAUUUAUUCCUGAAACAUGUCAGUACUUGAGGAUUGUUUUAGUCACGGCCAACACUUUAACUACGUAAAUGGUGUGAGCAAUAUUAACUUAAAAGCUCCUAUUAAGCAAACAAGAUCAUCAGUGACAAGAUUGAUGAUUCUUAUAUUGUUAAACAGCCUGGAACCUGCCGGAGAGAGUAGGUGUAUCCUAUAUAAUAUACACAAUAAAUGAUUCAUUUGACUGUCAAUAUUCUAGCAUGCAGAGGUUAAGAUAAGCAGAGGUUGUUUUGUAAACAAGGGGCGCCAAAAUUUACUUAAAAAGUUCCUCACUGGAGCUUUAACUCCUUUUGCAUAAACACAUAACGUCUCAUGAAGUGAAAAAGUUGUAUUACAGAUAUUAAAGAUCAUUUGAAGCUAAAAAAGGAACAAAUAAGCUGGAUAGUAAUUUCUUUAAAAGCAUGCAGCAAACAAGUGACUCCAUGUCCACAGAAUGAAUAAGUCCCAUUGAGUGUAUGUGUUUAGCCCACAGAAAGAUAGGUCAUAGUUACAGUACAUUAAACAUGUGAUUUAAAAGUGACUUUUUAUCGUACACUUGAUUUGCUUCCCGUUUUUAAGAGUGUAUGUCUGUGGAAAAAGCAAAGAGAAAACAGCAGAGUAAGGGCAUUUCUGAAUUUCCUCUUUUAAGGAGUCAUAGAACUCUUACAUCCUUGAAUCACAUUUACUAUAUCCCCUUGUUUCCUUUGUCCGGGGGGAUUUCACAUCAACAGUCUUUUAGCUUUUUUUCUUUAUGUUGCUUGAAUAAUGUUGCUGGAUACAGACAGGAGGAUAUAAUGUGUAUGCUUCCAGCUGCUCAGGUUGUCCAAGGCCAGACCAGGCUAGUCUUGUCCUCUUCACUGUCCCCAUGUUGCUUGUAAUGAGGUCUGUCCUGUCUCUCUCUCUCUCUCUCUCUCUCUCUCUCUCUUUGCUGUGCCCUCUUGGUACCUUCACAUUAAUGUCUUGCGAGGUGCAGCACCGAGAGAUAGAAGCUCUGUGUGGAUUUAUCUGUGUAAAUGGCAUCUUUUGUGUCACUGUCAGACUUUCCUCCUGUUGGUACAGUCUGAGGCUACACUUGCUUUGUUAACCUGCCUCCUCUCCUCACCUGGUUUGCUCUCACUCUUGAUGGAUUCGGCUCAGUCUGCCUGAUCUAGACUCUAACGCAGGAACUUUUUACUUGCAACCAUAUGGCCGUGUCUCUUUGAGGACUGCAGACUGGACUGUUUAACUCUACUUCAGAGAUAUUGCGCUGCCUUUAGAUAACAUUACUUGUGCAAACCUUUUACUUAUCACGGUUGCUAUGAAUGCUUGGAGCUAUGAAUGCUCCAAAGGCGAAAUAAAUAUAAAAAAGGUCUGAAAAGGAUUGAAAGAGUGGACUGUGUAGAGAGCAAAUGAUCUUCAGCUAAAGAAAAGUAUUUUCCAUGAUACAUGGGUUGACCUGCCUCAUCCUUCCCCUUGUUCAGCUCUAGCUGUCUCCUGAUAAAUGGGUUAAGGUGCAGACUCAGUUUUUUUCCCUCUAAGCAGGGCUAAAGUUCAUUUUUUCUGCAGAGUUUGCACAUCUGGUCACUGUGCAGAUUUCCUUCCCUUACAUACUAGUCAAUGUGUAUCUGUUUAUCUACCAGCUUUGAUUUUAGAGACAUUUUACUCCUUUAAAAGACGCCUUGUUGACCUAAUGGAAGUGCUCCACUAGGACUAGAAUGGGAAUAACAUUUAACCUUGGCUGUACGAGAGUCGCAGCAUGACAUAACCUCUGGCUAUCUAACAGCUCACAUUCCUGAGUGAAGUCUAAUGACAGACCGAAUCAACAAGACCGACCUUUGUACUUCGAUUUGACGGGUGUUUAAAGAAAAGACAUCAAUUCUGCUUCUGUUAUUCUGUCACGCUGAUGACUCUAUUUUUUGUUGGGAAAUCUUAGAGCUUUAUUUAUGUCACUUUGUCAUGAGCACCGGUUAUUCUGUUUUUGUUUGGUAACUCCAAGAAAGUCAGUUUAUUCUGAUCCUCCAGUGUGUGGGAGACAGACUGUGAAAGAAGUGGGUAACUUUUGACACACAAACCCACUCAUGAGCAAAAAGUAAAAGAGUCUACCAAAGGUGUUUGAGAGGUGUGAUCACUGAGUUUAUGCAAACACAGAUUAAAAGAAGUUCCUUUUGGCUAAUCAGCAUUAUCAGGCGUCCUUUGCAGCUCCAGAUAAAUUAUCAAUCAAUGAGUAUGACCUUAUUCUUUGACAAUAGCCUCUUUUCAGUGAUAGGAGUGGAGUGGAUACCUUAGGAUAUUUGUGUGCUAACACCAUCAGCCCAAGGAUCAGCAAACAAAGAGAGAGAAUUUCCCUUCAGAGCAUUCUUGGGAAGUUAUGUGCCAGAGCAGUUGUAAAUAAGUUGUAGUUUGCUGUAUGUAUCUGUAUCUGUCUUGUCACUGACCUAACAAACCUUUAUCAGAAGAAACCCCUUCAUGGUACCUGGAAAUCACUGUGCUCCCUUCUGAGAGACUUUCCCAAUUAAUUGUGCUGUAAAAAGGGAUGUGUGCUCACCCCCCCCAACUGUGAUUUAUUUUCCCAUGUAGUCACUAUGUUCGACUGAGGAGGAUGUAAUGUGCCUUCGCACAGAAAUUCCCCCCCGGUCUGCAGUUACUGUAGGCAAAGACCAAGGUUCAGUGGGUUCUUAUCAGGAAAGUGCUGUUUGCUGACAGUGCUGCUCUGGGCUUUCACUCAGAGGAUCACACUCCAGAAACUCAUCAGCUGCUUUACACAUGCCUGGGUUUAGAUCGGAAACAGAAACAAUUUCUCUGUGUUACCACGGAUUUUGAAGGGUGCGGUAUCAUGGAGAUGAAUAGUUUUGUUUUGCCAGAACUGUCCUUCAGAUACUAUAUUCAAUCAACUGUAUUGACAGGGCGGCCAUUGUCAUCUAUAAACAUACUCAGUGUGGGCAGUUCAAACUCUAAUAUAAUUAUACACUGUAGAUAUAUAUGUGCGCGUGUGUGGACCAGGUUUGUAAAAUGUUUAAACUUGGGGUAUUGUCAGUGAUAGUUGGAGAGGGAAGUGUUUUAUGCUGCAGUCUCCUGAUGUAUCCCACAGGUAUCUGAAGCAGCAGUGUUGGUGGUCACCAGAUGAUAAAUGCUGACUCAGACUCAUUUGACCUAGCAAAAGACAGAGAUGUAGAAUUGGGGCAGCCUUUUUCCUUCUUGCUAACAGCUGCAUUCAGCCCACCAAGUAUUCCUUUGCAGCUACAUCCCCAAUCAUGCAAAACUCUCAACUUUAAUUUCUUCAAAACACAUGAGUAAGAGUGUGCAGAGCAGAGGAGGAGUUUGGAGUUUGGAGUUAUUUAGACCAAAACCUUUUUCUUUUGUACCAGGCUUUAGACACACUUAUUUUACUUGGAAGAUUGGGUGUACUGGGCUUUUGAAGUCUGCCUCAAGUGGACAUUUAAGGAGCUGCAUUUUCAGCAUAAACACAUAGACAUCCCUAUUUGACAUUGUAGGUUGCUGCAAUGUAUUUGUUUACUCAUUUGCACUAACCGCUGAUGCGUUUAACCUUUUGGCAUUGCUGCUGUUAGGGUUUAUAUUGCAGGAGCCAUUUUACCGUUAAAGUUUUUAUAGGUGUAGCUCGAUAGCCGGCCUUUUGUAAUCACUCAUAAAGAUGUAAUUGGUUAGUUGUAUGUCUGAGUGAAAGGGAAACUGCUUCCGAGCAUAUCACCUGACAUGUUUUAAACUGUGGAACAAUGCGGAGGUCAUUGACUCUGAGGCUUUUGGAGUUUAAUAGGUAAGAGAUGUGAGAGGAGGAAUCACAGUUGAGAGAGGACGCUGCAGCUGCAGUACAGCUGUACUUUUCCUUAAGCCUGUUAAACUCCAGACUUGAACGGUUAGAGCUUCAGAUGCUGCUACAAAUAAAAAUGUAAUAAACAUUAAUCGCAGCAAACCAAUCCCUGUUAUCUCUCAGUAUUAAGAGAGUCCACAGAGUUCUUGGAUAAGGCAGUGAAAUCAUGGCAUGGAGCCAUACGAACCUCAUGUGACCAGUGAAAGGUCAUGACACUAGCCUGUGGGUAUAGGGAGUGGCAGCCCUGAGUGCCUUUAGUGGUCAACCAGUCUCUUUCACUUGUAAAACAAUGGGCUUUCUUGACUGUGCUGUGUAUCCGACAGAAGUCUAGUGAGCCACUGCAGCGUGUGAUUCAUAUUCUUGUUUUGCCGAAGUCAGCAAAGAAGCCAAAGCUUCUUUAGGGAUUACCACUAUUAUUAAUUGGCUAUUGGCUUGAUCAUUGAUGAUGUCAUUUCCACUUACAGUGUGUACAGCUGGUGUCCUAAUGCAUUGUCUAUUUCUGCUUCAAAGUUGCGUAUCCUACUUGUUUUGUCACCCUAAGGAGCUUUAUUAGCACCUUUAGGAAGGAUCUUGCGGGUGACAUCAGAUUAUUUAUGUCAGUAGAACAGAGAGUGCAGCAGAGCAUUGUGGGAAUGCUGAUCUAAUGGGUUUGUGGAGGAUUAGGGUCAGCCGGAGUAAGGAGCUCAGGGCCUCCUUUCCUUUCCAAAAACUUUGUUCCUCAUUCUGCUGCUCUGUCUACAGAGCAUGUGCCACCUUUUGACGACUUUCACUCUCAUUAUUAAUACAUUCAUCCAUAAUAGUGCUUGUUCUGUCUCAUGUCCGUGCGUGAGUACUUCUCUAUAGCGCACCACAGGAUGUACUUUUCCCGUCACAAUGCGGUGGCCUGUUCAGUGCACAUGACGUCUUAUACAUAACCGAAGAAUUCAAAUCCCAUGUGGUCCAUAAGCAGUGAACCGUUACUUUUCUCCCAGCGGCGCUCAGAGAAGGGGUCCUGAGGUUUAGUGGUCAACCAGUCUCUUUCACUUGUAAAACAAUGGGCUUUCUUGACUGUGCUGUGUAUCCGACAGAAGUCUAGUGAGCCACUGCAGCGUGUGAUUCAUAUUCCGGUCUUUUCCACUGGAAUGAAGCGGGGCCGCCGACACCCACUGUAUUAUGCUGGCCUUGUCACCUUGAAAGGCCCAUCUGGAGACUGUUCACAUUCCCUGCCAGCAAAAGACCCACUGGAGAAAGAAAGUGGUGUAUAAGAAAAAUGGGCGAAUGAAAGAGGACAAAAGAUUGGUGCAGUUUGAGAAUAGAGGUAUUACAGUACUAUGCACUUUUUAUGGGUUUGAUGUGAAACCAUGGUCUACUCUGCAGUAACUAAAGGGCUGGACUGUCUGUGGUCGCUGGCUGCCAGUGUGGUGUGCAUGCUAAUGGCUGGCUGAAUGAAUCAGUGCCAUUCUGAUAGAGGAGAAUUGAGUACAAGGAGCCUCUUUCUAGUUAGUUCACUCUCACAGCAGCCUACUGUCUUGCUCUGUCAACUGUCUCUGAACAACAACUGUACAUGCUGAUUUAUUCCCUUUAUUUAAUGUCACAAACUCUGCCGUGCACUGUCACUGAAAGAGCCACCCAUUGUUUGUUUCAAUACAAGGACAUAUUGAUGUUUCUUUCUGGUUCAAAAUUGAUCUUAAAGCGUAUUAGAUAGAACAAUUUCUGUAGAAGACUUUGACUCCAAUGUCCUAGAGCGUGGGGUAAGAUCUGAUAAUUAUUCCUUUUGCCUGAACAGCAGUCUUAAAUCCAGAGAGAUUAAAAAGUGCUGUUCAAAACCAGAUCAGAGUGUGCCCCCGUCACUCAACUGGCCCAACACAAAGAACUUUAAAUGGAUAUUCCUUUGAAGUGGAUGAAGGAUUUGCAUUUGGUUAAAUGUGCCAUACAUUCAAGCUGUAAUUUACUCAAAUUUCUUGUAUGUUUUAAGAUACUAUCACUUGUCCUAAUGCUGGAUUAGUUAAAGCUCCUGUAAGUAAUUUUAACUGGUUGUGAAAUAGAUUAAAAUGAUUACUUAUGCCUAGGACUGGGCAAUUAUAUGAUCAUGAUAAGUUUCAGUUCGAUCACGGUGAUCGGCUGUGAGCAUAUUUACUCGAUCAAACAUAGCUGAAAUGUGCGUCACAACAGCCAAUCAGAGUCAAGCUUUUUCUGCUCACUUCUGUAUUUUGCCGGAGAAGUAAACAAAUUGACCGAAUGUGAAGCUUAACGCGGAGCAGAGGGCAGCAAAAUAGAUGUCAGCCAUGACUUUGAGUCAUCCUCCAAAGAUGUUAUUGUUAAGAAGUUGUUCAACGUCGGUUGUGUUGCGGUGGUUCGGGUAUCUCCAAAGUGAUGUCGAGCAAUUAAGCCGAUGUGUAAGGUAUGUUGGCGAUUGGUGUCCUCAAAAAGUGGCAACACAAUAGAUCUAUUUAAUCAUUUAAAGAAGUACUUCCAGAGUGAUUAUGCAGAAAGCAUGAAAAUGCGAGCAGAGUCUGUACAGUGUGUCACUGCUGGUGGUACUAGUAGCAUUAGUAGUUUAGCCACAACUAGCGGUGCAGCCACCAGACCAAAGCAGCAAUCAAUUGUAUCAUCUACUUUUCCAUCAUCUAAUGUUUACAUUUUAAGGCGUCUUUAUUAUCCCUGAGGGGGCGAUUUGUUUAUUUUGGGUCUGGCAUACCUGCACAAACACUCAGGACUGUAAACUAGUUCACUGUAAUAUUUAGUAUUUAUCUACGUUUGUUGUAUUGUUGAGUUAAAAUGUUUUUUAUAUUUUUCUAAGUGUAUCUUAUUCAAUUUGCUUUGAUAUUUACUUUGUAUGUUAAUAAAAUGUUGAACUAAUCUCUAGUUUCUUUAGUUUUUAGUACAGAUACUUUAAAUGCUGGAUUAAUUAAAGCUCCUGUAAGGAAUUUUAACUGGUUGUGAAAUAGAUUAAAAUAAUACUGAUGCCUCUUCAUGAUAACAGAAAAAAAGGCCAUGAGCUAGAAGGUUGUCUUUUUUAUUCUACAGUGUAGUUCAGUAGUUUUUCAGUGAGACUACGUGGUUUACAUGUAAUUAUAAUAGCCACAAUUGAUGCCAGUGAGUUCUGUGCUUUUAUUAAAGCAGCACUGUGUGUGUUGUGUCCACAUUUACAAAUGGAUUAUCUAAUGGCAAAGUGAAGUGCUGAAAAUACUCUCAGUGAAGCUGGCAUUUAAAGCGAGAUAAGUGCUUUGGUCGGGGUCACUCAAAAUUAGCAUUGCAGAGAACUGUUAGCCUAGCUAGCCUGUUAAUUCUCCCGGCAGUAUCUCAUUAGAGGGGCAGAAUUGAUUGGCAUCCAUUGUGGCUAAUGCACUUCACCCCACAUAAUAAAUGCUGAACUAACCCUUUAAGUUAUUUGGAAUGUCUGAAAGUGCUGCUGUGGGGUAGGUGUCAUAUGACGUAAGUAACUGCAUGCUGCUUUAACAGCAUUUCCGUUUGACAUUUUCUGGGCCAAGGUUUCUUAAUGAAUGAUACAUUUGACAUUCAAUAUAAGCAGGAUGAGAUUUUGUGGUUGUUUGCACCUAUUCAGGUCAAGAUCAGCUUUGAGAUAAAGGUACCACCUUGUCCAGGGGAGACACAGAAAUUCACCCAAAGUUACCCACAGUGGCUUUAACUCAUUGACAUCAAAGUCAUUGUAAAAAUCCAUGCUCUUGCCUCUCUGUGUUACCAUGUGGUGUUCUGUUUUGGUGGUUAAUUCAUGAGGUAUCGGCUGUUCCUCUAAGUAUGGUGAAAAUGAGGUUUGGAUCCCUUGUUGUGAGUACAUGAGACGUGCCAGAGCAGGUUGUACCUGGUGUCUGUGAAUGCUGACAAGUUUGUGUUCAAAUCUGUUCUCAGUUCUCAGUGAAAACUGGCUGGUUUAUGGGUUGCUGUUCAGUUUAUUGGCCGGCACCAACAAAAGUUUUAGUAGGUAGAGAUUAAACAUUGGUAGGAAGCAUCUGGUACAUCAUCUAGUCAAAAGCAAACACCUUUGAAAAGCAGAACUCAUUGGUGUUAAGGGGGAAAAUGUAGUUUAAUCUAAGGUGUAUUCUUUGCUUUCUAACUUGCAUCCAGAGUGGUUUGUGUUUCAGAUUAAGAAAGAUUGGAAUCUUUUUUUAAUGUGUCUUAACACAUCAGUAUCUCAUUGUUUCCACAUGAGUAGAAUAUUCUGGAAACUGUUAUUUUGUGCCUUGUUUUCAGACAUGUCCAUAGUGAGUCCGUCUGUUUGAGCAAACUAAUAAUCCACGCUUUGUUUCUUUCUCUGUCUUCUCCCCUUUACUUCUCUGCCAGGGAUCGAGUUGUGCCUGCCAGGAUGGCGUUUCUCCAUGACCAUGGUGGCCAAUUUUGUGGUGUUGGGUGGUCAGCUGUUGAUGCCCGGGGUGGCUUACCUCUGUCGAGACUGGCAGGUCCUCCAGGCUGUGAUUAUCUGCCCCCUCCUGCUGAUGCUGUCCUACAUCUGGUAAGACCUGAGCAUCUGCUGCACUCUGACACCCACACAGCUUCUGUCCUUCUGCUCCACUUUUAAAAUGUGUUUUUCACUUAAAAUUUUACAUGCGACUCUUCUACUUGGUAAAUAUGUGGCACCAUCUGCACUAAAAUUCAGCAUGUGUUAAAUUCUAAGUUAGUAGUGUUGAUGAAGUGUAAAUAAAACCUUGUUAAACCAAAGGAGCUUUUGCAGAUUUACUCGGUUUAAACAAAGAAGUGGAGAAUGUCUGAGCUCCGAGGACAAUUUUCAGCUCUAAGUUUCAUGCUGAAUUUGAUGAAACGUCUUUUCAUUAACACAGUUGUAGUGGCCUCUGCUGUGGCUGCACUUCAUUUUGAAACAAAAAAAUACUUACCUUCAUGUAUUCUCCUGCAGCAAAAGUAAGCACAGCAUCCCUAGUUCUGCUAAUAUGUACAAAACCAGCAGAAGAAAUUCAAGUAUUUGGAUUCAGUCAUCAAGAGUCAGAGGCCACGGCUCUGUUACAGUGCACCUUUAAAACAUGGUAGAAACAGUAGGAGUUACAAAUUCAACCAAACAUCAAUACAAUGCACUCCAAUCAGAGUGGGCUACAGAGAGGGGAACUGAUGGGAAAUUGAUGAGAAUUCCCACAAUGCAACAGUGCAAAAGACAGACCUAAUUACUCUGAUAAAAGAGUGAAAAAUAGUGUGCAUCCUGCAGUACUCAGUAAAUUUGCCAAGCUAUAGAAAGGCAUAUGGGACGAUCUAUUGUCUGAUUCAAUGUGAUUUUGGCCGUAUAUCUUUAAGAGGACGAUGUUCACUCACAGCAAAUAUUGUGCUGGCAAUGUUCACAACCUUAAUUUCAGAGUGCUUGUGUUGCUAGGUUGUAAAAGUUAUCCCUUGGUGCUUCUGCUUACCUAAUAAGGGAUUGUUAAGUCUGUUUGAAAAUGCUCUGUAAACACUAGAAAAAACUGACAAUGCCAUACAUCUUCUUUCUGGGAUACUUUUUAUGAUUUAAAAAAAAAAUUUAAACUGCAUAAAUGUGGUGUACCUUUGAGUGUAGAUCUGAACAAAGUUGGUAUUAGAGCUCCUGCCUUCUUUUGAUUCUGAUCUGUUAGUGAUAUAGCGGUAACUCUGAUGAGCUGAAGCAGUUUCAUCUGGGAGCGCAGUAACAAAAAUGUCUGUCGCCUGAGGACAUGUUUGCCCUCAGGAUUUGGAGAGCUGAUAACGCUGGCAUUGGGUUAGUGCAGAACACAGGUGCUGCCAUUCGUGGACCCAGACUCUUAUCAUAGCGGAGAAAAACAAAGCCGUCAAAUAGCUAUGAGGUUGAUGAUUUAAGAAUUCCCCAAGCUGACUGUCUAGAUGAAACCAGACAGUGAUGGCGGGCACAAGCUGAAUACGUUUCUGAUAAGGCGGCUGUACGUAGAAAUACAGCUGGUGAAACUGAAGAGUUCAGCGCUGCAGGUGAUCCAAGUCUGCUGAUUUAGGGAAAACAACAUAAAACCACAACAGUGCGAGACCGUAAAUUCCCCAGAACAGCUGUUCCAAAGAAAAUUAACCAGCUGAGGCAAAAUGUUGCAUUGUUAUUUUGCUGUUGGUUUUUAAAUAAACAUAUCCUUGCAAGGAGACGCUUCACCACUCAGGGGGAAUCUGUGCGACAUCGUGCACAACAAUUAUCAGAUAAUAGAGUGUAAGAAAUAAAAGCAGGGACAGAAAUAUCUUGUAGUCUUAUGUAUAUAUUUUUUUUUCUCAGUGACAAAUCUGGUUACGCUGAUUUGCAACCCUGCUGCCUGUAAAUGUCAUUUGAAUGUUCGCGAGAGUUUAGAAAGACUUUAAUUGACCAAAUGGGGGUUUUAUUAGCUGCAUUCAGUUUAAAAUGAGUUGAAAAGAGGCCCCAGUUUGACUUCCUCAUUACAGCAUGUCUCAUUACAGAGGCUGCAGCUCUUAUUGCAGUGGUUGGAGGUUCAGCUCUGUCCCUGCCUUGUGCAUGUCUUCCCCUCAGUCUCUACUCCCAACAAUAAAUAUCUCUUUUAAAGGGAUAUUCUGGCAUAAAAUUAAUCAAGGGCCAAACAUGCCUUAACACCGAGUUAGACACCCCUCGAGAGAUGAAUGUUGCCAACCACUUGCUUCUCUAGUUAUACCAACUUUAGUAACGACCGCACGAUAGCAAUACACAGCGGUGUAAGGAGCCAAACACAAACAUCAAUCAAAAAACUACUCUAUAGCCACAAAUAAUGCUCAGAACAGCACCUAACUUCAUUAACAGCACAUAUAGGGUCCUAGCCAUAGCACUAGCCACAAAACAUCUUUUUAAACUUUGCCUGAUUUCUUUAGCAAAGAGACUAAACACAACUCACCUACUCUCUUCCAGCAGCCACUUGUUUGUAGUGAGACCUCAGAUGAGUCCAUCAGCGACUGCUGUGGGGUGAUGCAGCUCAAGAAAGAACAUUUAUGAGAAUGUCUUUAUCAUUUCCUUGAAGUAAUAAUCACCAUAUUAAUCGUUUUGCACCAUGUCGAUCUGAUUGAUGGACUAGUCCGAGGUCUCGCUACAAACAAGACGGCGCUCUGAUGAAAAUUUAAAUGAUUAGUUUUCACUCAUUUUGCAGUCUCAUAUAAGGACACCCCUUUUCUUUUCAUCAGGAUCUUCCCUGAGUCCCUUCGUUGGGUGCUGGCUACUCAGCAGUACAGCCGCUCCAAGUGGAUCAUGGGACUCAUCGCACAGAAGAACCGGGUGAACAUGGAGUUCGACUGCGACAAUAUCCUUACAGGUAUCUUAAACACUGACACUCAUUAACUUGAAUCAGCACUAAAAGGCGGCUUUAAACCCUGUGAUUUAAUGAUAACUAUCCUCUAAUAGUUAUCUGGCUUUAAAUGCUCAGUGUGUCCUUUAGAUUCAGCUUCAAAACUACUAUCAAAUCUUUUUUUUGCUGGUUAUUCUGUUUGUAUCUUGUUGUUCUUUCCAAAAAGAAAGAAAGCAAAAGCAAGAUUGACAAGGUUAUAUCAGUUUCCUGUCUGGUUACCAUAGAAACAGACCAUUCAGAGGGAGCAGUGGGUGUUGAACAUUAUGUUAUGACACUCUACCUCGUUCCCUUAUUUCAUUAUAGCCUGGGUGGGUGGACAUGAGCCGACAUGGUGGCAGAUGGACGCGGGUCAGGCGUUUGACCUUUGACCUGGGUUAACUGUCAGUGCCUGCGCCCAGAGGAUGGACAGAGGUUUAGACUUGAGAAGUGAUGUGGUUUAUGUCAUAUGUAUCAAAAUAUGUUUACUCAGUUGGUUUCCGAUAUUUUUGCUCUCCCUGCUUAUCAAUACAUGUUUAAAAACGACACUGCUGGGAAAGAGCUCAAAGAGGAACCGCUCAGUGUGAAAUUAGCCGCGCUCUUUUAAUACUCUGAAACUGUGUGCUGAUGCAGCAUCGAGAAAAGUUCAUUGACAUUUACUAUCCUCUCUGUCUUUAUAGUAGCUGCCUGUCCUCAGCCCUUUAAGUAAUAUUUCCUACUUUACACAGCUCACCUCUAAAUAGUGUGUUGAGCACACAGUGUACUUAUAGCUCGUUGCAUCACAGCUGAGAAACUUUCACAGCGCUGAAACAUGACAAGUGCGUGUGUAACCGCUGAUUCCUUCGUCUGAAAAGUGAGCGCAGUGAUUUGCAUACAGUAGAUCUCGGGCUUACUCGGAGGUUUCUAGGAUCACUGGAAAAACCUCAGCAUUACAGUCAGAGAUAACCCCAAGGCAGUGGUGUGUGGAAUGCCGUCACAUGCCUGAGUCAACAUGAACACACAGAACCACAUAACCAAGGCGUGUUUCCGUGGUAACUCUGCCCUCUGAUACCAAAACAUCCCCUGCGUGCUAUGUCACAUAUCAUCGGCGGCUCAGGGGCGUUCCUGUGCCCUCACAGGAACUGUUCCUGUUCUUUUGCAGGCAGCGCUGUCGUACCUGUCAGACAAAGCAGAGGGAGGAGGGUCACAUGGGCUGAAACGUGAACACUAAAGAUACUUGUGGAGUUUUUUAGGGGUGCAACAAACCAGGCUGCUCUCAUUUGAGCCUUUGAAGAAUCUUUGUUGUCUAAUUUAUUUGACCUGAAAACUUAAUUUGAUAUCUUUUUACCAUCUUCAAAAGCCUCUUUUCAAUCAAACAUGGAAAGUGACAAAUGCAUUGUAGCUUUUGACAUUAAGAGAAGUAGACAAGAUGCCAUUUUUUUUAUUUGUUUACGCCUCCUAUGGCCAAGGUGGUGCAUUCAGUCUUUGCUGAUUUCAUCCUGUACCUGUGCAUGUCUUUUUUUUAAAAACAAAAAUAUAUCAUGAUUUUUCAAAUUUGAUAACAUAUAUUGAGAAUUUUUGCAGAGAAAAUGUGCAAAAACACUUUUUCUGUAUGACGCUAUGAAUUAUUUUGUUUGACCUCAUGUCGCUUAUGGUCGUAUUUAAUGUGCAUGUUUGUAUAUAUGCAAUCAUCUCAAUGUUAUUCAGUUUCAUAACAAGCUAAAACUCCAUACAGGAGCUUUAAGACAUAAAGAAAAACAUUUGGAUCAAUUUGUUGCUCUUGAGUGUUGGUGUUUGAACUGUGGCUGGGGUCAGGGGCCAGGAUAUAGGAUAUAAGUGACAUAAUUUUCAUUUCAUUAAACUGCUUAUAUGGUACAGCAGUCAAAGAUAAAAAAUUGUAUACAAACUCUCACAUGAUUUUGUUUCUCUCCUUCCAGAGCUGCAAAAAGCUCUUCAAAAGAAACCCAAAAAGACGUGUAUCGUGAAGAUGGUUGGGACGAGGAACCUGUGGAAGAAUAUUGUCGUGCUCUGUGUCAACUCGUAAGUGUGUUUUCCACCUGUUACUCCUCAGAAGACGGUGUGGACAGUUAUUCAUCAGGUUCUGUGUGUGUGGGAGGAUUGGGAGAAAAGGGAAAUGGGUGUGCGUGCUUGCAUUGUAUGUGUGUAUAGGGCGAGGCAGUGCCAGCCACACACGCCAUUUUGUGCAGGCAAGAUGCCACUGUUAACCUGCAGCCUGGAUGCAGCAUUGAUCAGCGAACCUAGAUGCUUUCGCCCUCCCAUAUUUUCUCCACUCUCUCUUUUCAUCUCAGGAGGGAUCUGAGCUCUUCUCUCUCCGUCUGAGACCUUUUCUACAGACCCGGCUUUUACUCUGCUUCUCUGUGCCCCUCACUCCCUCAGUCAGCAUGAAUUUUACAUGAGCUGUGUCCUUAUGAAACAUUAGACAACCAGGGGAGAGGGUGUGAGUGUUUGCACGCUUUUUUGUUGUAUGCAUUUGGGGUGUGUGCUUGAGUGUCAGUUAGUCAUGCAAGAGUGUUUGCAUACUCGCAGAGGUAGAGAUAAGGGUAAAAUAAGGGAGAUAUACCUUGAACUUUUUCAAUCUUUUGCACUUUUCUUUAUUUAUUUUUUCCUUGUUUUCCAUCUUUUAUUACUAUUUUUUUUCCCCCACCUUAUUAGAUAUCCCUUUUUUCCACUGUGACUUUGCCCACAUGUUAGCUGCUCUGAUAUUAACUCUACAUGACCAUCAUGUCCUCUAUGUACCCAGGCUAACAGGCUACGGGAUCCACCACUGCUUUGCCCGCAGCAUGAUGGACCCUGAAGCCCAGGAGACGACCAUGUUUCAUAACUUCUAUGCAGACUACUACACCAUGGCGGGCAUUGCAGUGGCGUCCUGCAUGGCGCUGUGCCCAGCAGUGGGCCUGAUGGGCCGGCGAGGUGGACUUCUCAUGUUUAUGAUUAUCACAGCCCUGGCAUCUCUGCUGCAGCUGGGACUGCUCAACUGUGAGUGUUUGAAGCAGAAAACAAGCCCGAUUACAUCUGGAAGAAAGUACAAAUAUGUUGUUAAUUGUGACAGUUAUUAGCAGAAUUUAGUUUUGAAGAAGUUUUAUAUCAGAAAUGAAUCAGGAUUUGGACUCUUAAACCUCAGAUGAACGGUUCAAUUAGCUGAUCCUAAAACCAAUGAUUCUCUGUGCAUGUACCCUGAUCUAUUUUGUACUUUGAACUAUAGAGCUGAAGUGUUAUCCAAAAGUUAUUCACCUUUACAGGAGCUAAUGUGAUGCUUUGUUCAAAAGAAUACAGACACUGAUUUUUUUUAAAUACUGGUGCACCAAAAAUAUAAUCGACAAUCUACACAGCAGCUGAAAUGAUUGUAUAUGUAAGCAGAACAUUGAAGUAAUUGGCGUAAAAAUCAAGUGUUUUACAUCCGAGACCAGCACCAUCAGCCACCACAGCCUCUGUCAGACAUCAUAUCGUUCUGCUGUCUGAGCCUGAGUGCCAGUGUGCGAGCAGUCUUUUGUUCAUCUGUGGUGGUUUAAAAACAGCUGCCAUUACAGUGAUCCUGAAUCUCUGUGUAAACAUCACAGCCCUUUAGCUGUUUUUGUCGGUGAAAACAAGAUGCACUGAAAUGACGUCUCUGCCUGGACUGCAUUUCCACUGGAAAUUUACUCUGAAGAAAUGCAAAUUUGUACUUUUGUCCUAUUGUCACCUCAGGAAGAAUCUGUUAGUCAAAUUGAAAACACUAAAUUUUGUCAUCUGACGUACUAAUACCAUAACUGGUCAUGGAAAUGAGAUCUACUUUCAACUAAACUUUAAACUGGGAUGAUUUAGUGGCAAAUGUUUAGACAUCAUUAGUGUUAACUGACUUCCAGUACAACUAUUUUAUAAUAAUAGGUUCAUAUCAGGUUCAUAUUCAGAAAAUCUGAUAAUGCCAAGCAAAUUAAAGAAGCAACAGUGCUGGUAAUAUUUUUGAAUAAUUUGGUCAUGUCCUGUUUAGAUUAAAUUAGAUACAACUUUAUUUAUCCUUUUGGGAAAUUAAAAACUGUUCACGAUAAUAGAGUAGUUAGUUGGUGUCAUACAAAUUUAGUAAGUUAUUUUAAUUAUUCUUCCUGUUAACCAUCUCAGUGUUGACAUUUGUACUAAUUUGAGUCCAAACAAAAGUUAAAAUAUUGUUCUCCUUUUGUAAUUUUAGUUAUUUCACGUAUAUAUUUUGUCUAUAUUCCAUGUUUCUGUUGUUUGACUGGCUAUCUCAAAAUCUUCCUAUGAGGGUGCAUUUUCAAAAAAAUACAAAAUAAUGAUGGAUAUGCACAGAUGUAUAUAUAGAUGGAUAAGGAUUUCUAAAAUAAUCAUUGUAUUUAUUCUCAGCUGUCUUCCCAGUGAUCUGGUAUGUAGUUGUUUCUGUUUGAGAAAUUUUGACCACUCCAAGUCCACAUCCUAUCUCCUAUUCACAUGCUGUAAAUUUUACUGAGUGUUUUAAGGACUCUGCUGCCUUUACUUGUUUCUAAUGGACUAGUCGGACAUGAUUACAAACUGCUGUUUUAGUCAAUGUUUACCAAAAAGUGCCCUGGAUGAUCAAAACAGUACACAAGUCCGUUUAUUCAGUUACAAAUGAGCAAGACUUAAUGUUUAACCUGAGUCAACACGUGGAGGUUUUGCUUACGUUUCGUGCUAGCAGCCAAAGUAGUGGCAAUAAGGUUUGCACAACAUGUUGUUCUUUGUUUAGUUUCUAAUGACUCACUUAGGAUUGAGCGAUUUGUCUGAGUGAUACUGAGGAUUCGACUGUUUUGUGUUUCUCACUGAUACAUAUCUUUCUCUCUUUUAUUCUCCUCUAGUGCUGGGGAAGUACAGUGGCCAUCUGAAUAUAGGUAUGAUUUAUUUCCUCACUUAUGAAUCCUUUUUUUUUUUUUUAAUAAGGGAGAUAAACUAAUCAACCACAAACAGGAGCCCUCAAACACCUCUAACAGAUCCACGUUUAUUCAGAGAGAGAAUUGAAUGGUCCUGUUUGUUGCUCUGUCUUGAUGAGGUUUUAGGAAAUGUGCAGCAGGCAGACAUCUCACAGUAUUUCAUUAGGACGAUACAAGCCCUGCAGAGACACAUAAUGAAGUGCUCAAUGUAAUUAUGGCUCUCUAUUCCCUUAUUUAUCCCCUUUGUGUUGAAGAGGGCGACUCUUUGUUUGAGAGAUGUGAAUCUCUCAACUACACUUCCUUUUCUGUUAUCCUUUCCAACCCAUCAGCAGAGCCCGCUGAUCCUAUUUUCUGCCUUCUUAAGGGUGUUUUACUCCAUCAUAAGUGGCUUGUUUGUGGUGGGAAGACUCACAAUUUUAUUUUUAAAGAAGUUAAUCUGCACCACCUGAAUACAUUAUUUUAAUAUAGUCGUGUAAUGUGAUUGAAAUUAACCACCUUCAGUGUUAUCCAGCAUUAGAAAUAAUCACACAUAGUCGUACAUUCAUUUGCAGAUUCAGUUUAAUUGAUUUUUUUUUUACUGCUAUAAUGAAUUAAAAGUGAGUCAUUCCACAUAUAAAUACAGUUUAUUAUAGUCAUUCUUUUAAUGUAGUAUUUUAUGGAUGAAUACGUAGAAUUUAGAAACAACUAAAUAGCCUAAUUCUGUGUUUUAGCAUUACUUAAUGGUUGUUAUCAAACUAAAUGUUGGUUUUAAGCUUUUAAAUCUGUUGAAUUGAAGCUCCUGUGAGCAACCUUCAGUCUGUGCAGCUUUUGUUCCCUGUAUUUUUGCUGAUUAAACUCUGAAUAUGUUCAAGUGGUGUUUUUAACAUCCUUCCAACACAUUACUCGCCAUGAAUGUCUUUGAUCGCCAGCGUCAACAAAAUCGAUUUGAGGCACAGUGAGGAGUUUUUCACUGGUGAAGAGGCCGGCUGAAAUUGACACUGAUGCCUCUAUAUACCCUUCAAAAGCGAACUAGACCGGCAGCAUUUUUCAGUUGUAGUUUUUGACACUUGAAACUGCUGUGAGGGGGUAGGUGUCAGACAAGAUGAUUGACAGCAGGCUGAAGAAAUAGCUUUAUUUCGACUUUAAUGUCAGAGACUGCAGGAUGAGGAAUUCCUCUGAAACGACUAAUUUCACACAUACAGUGUCAGAGAUAAGACUAAGGGCUCUAUUUUGGUGCCUCGCCGGAGACGUGCCGCAAGCGCAGCGUCAGUCAGAUCCGCCGCGCUGACAAGGCGUUCCCAAGCACAUUUUGGUAUUUUGGUGAGCCGCGCAGCCCGGCGUAAGUAUCCCCCCUCCCUAACUCAGCUCCUCCCGGCAGCAUAAAUCAUAGACGGGGAGGAGAGAGGGCGUAUAGGGGGUUUAACACAGCCGAGACCUGUUUUCACCAAUCACAUUAGCUCCUCUCCUCGCCUUUAAAUCCGCCACAGGCGAGGCGUAUUACUAUUUUCAUGAAGUAGUCAAAGAGAUCAAGAGAUGUCUGAAGACAGUUAUGCCACACGAUGGCGACAGAGGGCAGCUGCUCAACAAGUGUCCUCCACACUUUCUCAUCUGAGCACAGAUGGAUUUGGUGUGCGUAAUGUUGGACCCACUGGUAAGACAAACACCCUUUUCCACAAAUAAAGACACUCACAUAAAGUUGCUCAUAUUCAAACCUCACGUGACAAAGGUGGGUUGAGCGCACAGAUCACAACAUAAACUCCAAAAAUGGCAUUAAAAUCGGAACCAUCUGUGCGUAAAUGACGCAUCGCGCUCCGUGGCCUGGCUCUUUCUUUCAUAGAUGUUGGCAUAUAAAAUAAAUUUGGCUCACUGAAUAUUAUAAUAUCCGCAUGUCGGCUUAGAGAAGAUCACGCAUCUGAGCACUGAAACAAAUCAUCUGUUCAGCUGCAGCAGCAGCAAGACGGACAGAGGACACGGAGACGUGUCCAGGUCGAGCUGUGCGAGAAAUAAGAGGAAGAGGAAGAAAGAAAAGGAGGGAGACACAUUACAUAUCUUGUUAACUUCAUCAUGUGUGUUUAUUUACUAGAUGUUUAAUUUAAUUUGAUGCGGUUUCAGCUGUAUUGAUUCGGUCAGGUUGUGUGUCCAAACACGUGCCAAACGCGCUCAUCAGAUCAGAUAUAGAUCAGAAUAUAUCUAUAUAGAUCUAAAUAUAUGUGCUGACUCGGAUUAAUAGUUGAUGAUGAUUAUUUAUUGCACUGAAAUCUGCCUGACACUGUGGAAACCUGCCGGUGAGGCAUCAGUGACGUAUGUCGAUACGCCGCCGGUCUACCAAAAUACUACUAGACCAGCUGCGUUCCGCCUUGCGCUGAAAGCUGACCAGGUUUGAAUCGGCGAGCUUUCAGCGCACUUUACACGCCGUUGGCGAGCACGAAAAUGUCACUGCGCCAGCUGAUUCUGUCGACACCUCCCUCUGCCACGCCACCACGCCCAGCUUGGCGGAUCUCGGCUCGCCUCCGUGCGGCUCAGUCCACGAAAAUACCAAAUUGGCCUUACGCUGGGCUCCGCCAGACGAAAAUACAACUGCGCGGGGCUCGCCGCCCUCCGCCGCCUCACCGGCGCGCACAAAAAUAGAGCCCUAAGAGUGCUCAUUCAGCACCGCAAAAAAAGAGAUUUCAUGUCUGACGCACUUCUCUUCUCUUGCACAAGGUAAAAUCAGCAUAAGGAUUAGAUUAGAUUAGAUCAGGCCUACUCUUUAUUCUGAUCACAAAGGCUAUCUUUGAUUCUCCCAAUGUCUGUAUGUUCUGUGACUGCAAUAAAAUGGUGCAGUAUCAACUUUGAAACUCAAAAAUGAAUGUUAACUAUAAAACUCUGUGUCAUCUGUAAAUAUGUGUUAGUUUAUAGUCCUAAAUGUGUGUGGCUCUAUUGUGCUUUUGUCCAUUUUAUUGUUACUGAGCACCAACUGCCGUGUGUGUGUGUCUCCACUGCUUUGUCUGCAGACAGCUCAGGUACGCUGAACAAGAACUUCUCCAUCGCCUUCUCCAUCAUCGGCAUGUUCUCCUCCCACGCAGUCAGCAACUUGAGCAUCUUCUUUUGUGCUGAGAUCACACCCACUGUGAUCAGGUAAGCCCACUGUUACAAAAUGUGACAGUAGAGAGGGAAAGAGUGUUUUUGUUGUAGCUGUGGGUUUUUUUCAUAAUUUGAACAUCUGUCAAGAAAUUUAGUUGAUUAUUGUUGGAGGUUUUUUUUUCUUUUUUUUCAUUUUCUUAAAUUUGAGCUCCUACCUCAGUUAUUCUCGUGUUUGUUUCCAUGGUAUGACUUGUUCCCGAUGAUGGAUUAGCUGCUCCACCUUCUGUUAAUGAAGAGUAUUGAAUCAUCGAACCCCAGGAAACAACAGACUCUCACAGUUCAGUGUCAAAUGUAAUCCACAUCUUGUACAAAUUAGCCGUCCCCCCUGAGAAUAUAUGACACAGCCCUGGAUGUUCUUUAUCUGGAGUUAUGUAAGGGGUGUUGUUUUUGCUGACAGUGUUUAAGUGGCGGCCUCUUGUGGCCAACAUAGGCGAUUACAGGAGGGGAGGAUGACUGCAUGAAGAGGAGGGCGUUCGGUGAUACUGCAGCUCUCUCUGCUGCUGUUGAUAAAGUGUGAACAGAGGCAUAUGGGUCUCAUUUAAAAAGCAGUUAUUCAGUCUUUGGAGAGGAUUUAUGAUUUUUUUCGUACAUGUGAAAUCACUUUAUCUAUCAUCUGAUAAUAUUUUCCUUCUUAUAUCAGGGGUGGUGGUCUUGGCCUAGUCCUGGCCAGCGCAGGCUUCGGCAUGCUGACCGCACCAAUCAUGGAGCUCCACAAUCAGAAGGGAUAUUUCCUCCACCACAUUAUCUUUGCCUGCUGCACCCUCAUCUGCAUCAUCUGUAUCCUCCUGCUGCCCGAGACUCGCUACCAGCCCCUCCCAGAGACCCUAGCGGACGGUGAGAGCUACACUCGUCAGCCUCUUCUUCCCCCAAAGAAACCUGGAGAACAGCGCCUCUUGCUGGCUCCAUCUGAGAGCAGCAGGGACUACACGAGGGUGCAUGACACGCCGCUGCACGAGGCAGCCAACACUGCAGUGUCCACGAUGGACUCCACCGCCUCCUCUGCUGUCGAUUUGACUGCUCCGUCAGUUGCAGAUGUGUCCGCUCCCGCAUUCAUGGAGGCGCCUCCUAGCAAGCCGGAGUCCAAAGGCCCCAACGGCCACUCGGUUUCAUCUGAACCCAUGGGUAAAGAUGGGAUCAUACAUGCAAGUAAAGAGCACCUGCUGUCUUCCACGCCUUUACACAAAGCACAAUGCAUCACAGACCCACUUUUAGCCAAUGCAGAGGAGCCGCCUGCAAUCGUCUUGGAGUCCAUCCAGCCACUGGGCGAGUCGGCCACUCCUGAAGAGAACGACGUUGGUCCCUCACCGAUCAAGGAGUUACCCACUACCCCUUCCCCUUCUUCGGACUCUUCCACUCCCCCUGUCCCUCAAAAUGUGCCUGCUUCCUUAUUAAUCAGCACCACACCCAUCAUUGAACCCCCGCCUUCUUCCACACUAGAAUCACCAAAUCCGUUCGGUAACGACAUUGAAAUGAUCACCCCGAAAUUUGAACCUCAUUCACCAGAGGAUCUAGACAUCCCUUUGGAAGAUCUCCAUCCUACAUCUAUGCAGGAAAGUCCCCAGACAGGACCUCCAGACUGCAACACUUCCUCUGAUCCCCCACCUCCCACUGAGGAAGACCCUGACAUUCCCAUUCAUUUAGAAAUAGUAGAAGAUUCUGUAUCUCCACCCUCGCCUAUGCCCUCCCCUAAAGACUCCCAAGAACCCCCUGUUGUAGACUCUGAACCAGCAGAGUUAGACCCUGCUUCACCCUGUGUUAAUGAUAUAUCUGCCCCUUCACCCAGUCCCCCUCCACCCCUCGACCCAGACCAUAUACCCCAAGCGGACUCUUCCUCUCCACCUGUCCAAGAUAAUGUUGACGACUCUCCAUCGACUCCUACAGUUCCCCCUGUCACAGACAUUGCCCCCACUUCCACGCCACAAUCAGCCACUUUGACAGACAUUGCAGAACCUGGGCAGGAUCCAGUUCCAACCUCCAUCACUGAUCCAAGCUCUACAGAGGCAGCCCCCGCCUCUUUAUUGGACUGCACCGCCUCCUCCCCCAUAGACUCCGGCGUCCUUUCCGUCAGUGCCAGCACAGAAAACAACACUGUCAAUGGCGUGGCGUCGUCCUGAUCCAGUGUUAGACAGCUAGGAAAAGAAGCUUUACGGUUGCAGAAUGAAGCAGCCCUCGCCACAUGACUAACUGAGAAUGGGGCACGAGCUGUCCUGUCCAAACUCCAGGCACUCAAUGACUGCUAUCCAGGACCUGGGAUCAAGUAGACAUGUCUUAAAGAGCUGGUGUACUUUUCUCAACCCCCUCCCCAUCCCCUUGCGUUAAGCCAAUAAACGAGACCAAGCAACAGAGUGAGUGCCAGAGGCUGGUUUUGUGAUAAUGUGACAGCAUCUUCUGCUUUUUUUUUUUUUUUUUUGAAUGUCACUGGAAAUCACCAGCCUAUAAAGUACUUUGAUGUAAAUGAAUGGGAAAUCACUGUUUGUCAUUUUGAAAGAGACUUAAGGAGAACUGGUGAGAAAUGCAACGAUGCUAACAAUGAAACAAAAAAAAAACAAACAAGAAGAAAUCAUAUCACUGGUACUUCUGCUCAAAUGAAAUGUCCAUUUAACAUGAGUUCAGUUAUCGCCUUACCUGUGUGGACAAAAAAAAAUCUGAAUGUUACAGAGUGUUUUUUGCCGAUACACAAGAAAACAAUCCAAAUUGGAGAGAUUCUCUAAAGCCAAAAACAACUCAGACCAAAAUUAAAUGUAGACAUAGUGCCAAAAAUGAGCAUAAAUGCUGUAUUUGCCUCUUUAGGUGAAUACUCUUCGAAGUUGUCCCUGCUUUUGAGUGGAUUAGAGUAGAUCAGACGAACCCUGCUCCGGAGUUUAUAAAAUACAACAGACUUCAAUUAUCUAUCAAACCAAUAUAACUGAAAUCACAGUUUGAUCAAUUAGAACUGGGAGCUGAGCUUGAAAAUGCUAAACUGCUGUCAUUAGGACGUUGCUUCAUUGAAUGAACGGCAACAUUUGAGAAAAUAUUGACCCAUAUUUUGUCGGUCUGAUGAAACUUUUAUUUUUCCAAUUGUUUCAGUCUAUGAAAUUUAUGGUAUGCAAAUGCUCUUACUUGUAAAUGUGAUAUUGUAAGUAAAUUGAUAAUUACUUGUUGAGCUUGAUUAAGUCUUUUUUAAAUUCAAAGUAUUAUUUUGAAUAAUCUCCCAUGGCGUGCCCUUAUUGUACAAAACUUAUACUUCAUUCUUUCAGUAUUUUUGUCACCUCAGUGUGGUGGCGCCUUUAUUCUUUGCAGUUGGGACAAAGCAUGAAACUAAUUGUGAACGUGUCAGCUAAACGAAUAAGCAAACCUUAAAAAAAAAGACGAAUAUUUUUAAGACAAAAUCAAUGGAUGACAAAUGUUUGAUGUGAUCACCAAGUCUCAAAGCAUCGCUAAUGCUCUGUGUUUUUUCCUUUUUUCAAAAUCAUUUUCCGGCGUUAACAGAGCUUACGGAUGUUAGAUGUAUGUCCAUACAUUCACGUGCAGAACUGAGUUUACCUUAAAGAAAUGCAAUAUUUGAUAUAUUUGUCGAAUUGACUCUUUAAAGUGCUGGUCGGAUUCUUAUUCAAACUAGAUUUAAUGAUUCAUCUGAAAUUGACGGACUUUCUCUUCCAAAGCCUGCAUCCAUCUGUGGACAGCGUUAUACUUGACAAACGUGUAACUGGACAGUUGUAGUUACACACUUCAUGCGUGGAUGUUGAACUACUUGUUGGAGAAAGGUGUAUGAUUGCGGAUAGACUACUGUUUACAACAAUAAUUAUAACACAUCAGAAUAAUAAUUACAUGUUACUGUAAUUCCUAAGAGCCAACUGGAUGAUGUCUUGUCAUUUAAAAUGUGAUAAAUCUUUCUCUUAGUAUAAUAAUUAUGCAGGGUUGAUAGAUGAUCUAUCAAGGUAUCAUUCAGGAAUCAAAGGAAACACCAGACUUCUGUUCUUUACACUAUUUUGUGGUACUAUGAUGACAAACCUUGCAGGUACUUGACUCACUUCAAACUUUCGUUUGCAUCACUCCAAGAUAAACGUGCACUGACGAAGGCGACUUCUCCUUCGGUAUGUGAAUGAUUGAGCAAAUAUACCGGCUUGUUUCUUGUUCCUCAAAAGCAGCUUGAAUCAAAGUAUGAAAUCUCUGUUUUGGUUUGAUUCAGGAUGAUUAUGUUAUCUAACUUCCACUCGGUAAAAGAUUAAUAUGAACAUUUAAUGUCUUACAUAUGUAUGCCAUGCUGCUAAGCCUCAAAGCACAACGCCCUGCAAUCAUGUGAUGUCAGAUUUGGUGCUUGAUGAAUUGACAAAAAAAAAAAAAAGGGAAAAUGGAGUGGGGUUUUGCAGAUAAUUCGUUAAAAUUCUAAAAAUACUGCAACAGACCCUCAUGAAAUCAGAGGAUGUUGACACUGGAUUUAAUCAGUCAUUUUUUUGGUGUCUGCAGGAGAGAGUGGGUCGACUGCAGCGGUCAGUAGCUUCACAUUAUUCUAAGUCCUCCAUGUCUAUGCUUGUUGGUUUCUAUGUCUCAGUGUGUGUACUGCAGAAACGGCUCCAUGUAAGACAAACAUCACAGCACAAUACAUCCAGAGUCUUCUCUGAGAUCUGUUGCUUCCAUUUCCAAGACUUCAAUGCAGCUGUUUCAGAGUGCUAAUAUGAGCUUUUACAUCCAAACGGAUUUGGACGGAUAACAAGUGGAGUUUAGACAAAUGAAUGAUUAGUAAAAGCAGUGGAAAGCAUUGUUAACACCAGCGACAGGGCGGAUGAGAAGACAUGGUGGUGGUAAAGCAAAAAAAAAGGAAAAGGUAAAACCUUUGUAUAUAGUUAAUGUGUGGAGACAGUUUCAAUAAGAUGAAGGAUCAUAGAUGAUAGCAUGGAGAACAGUUCUUAACUUGGUACAGAAAAGUCUCAGACACAUGAAGUCCCUGGUGUACACAUUUCAGAUUUAGCUUCUCUCAACUGUGCGACUCAGAAUCUCUCGAUGGGAGAUUUGAAUGAAUGUAAAAACUAUGGAUUGUACCAUUCAUAAUUUUUGAUUGUUUGAUUUCAUUUUUGUGUUUGUUUUAACUGACGUAAUGCACUUGUACAUAAGCCAUACCCGUUGUUAAAAUAAACCACUAUUUAUUGAUCAACUGUGGAAA